CUGAGCGGGAGCAGCCCGGUGCCGUGGAGGACCCGGCUCGGCCUAGCGGGGAGGACUUCCCAGCGAUCAGUGCCGAGCAAGAGUUAUUCCAGGACAAGCACAGUGAUAAGGAGGAAUGAAAAAAAGCCUUGUUCCAAUAUACUGUUUCAUGUGGAAUGACAGCAAUUGAAACAGUAGUGGAAGAUAGAGGAGAUUAUUUCGCAAAAUACAGUAAAAAAUAGUGAUCCAGAAGAGGGCAACGUUCACAGCCACUCUGAGACCUAGGAUGAACAAAUGCUUUCACAUUGACAGAAGUUGCUGCGAUGAUUUAAGAACAGAGGAUAGAACAAAAUAAAAGAAGCUGAAGUCAGAAGAACAGAAAAGGGUUACCUAACGAAGCUCCUGCAGAAUCACACGGCCUAUGCCUGCGACGGGCAGCACCUGAGCCUGCACUGCCCUCGGCACUCAACCAUCAGCGUUCAGUCAGCGUUUUAUGGACAGGACCCCCACGUGUGCAGUGCUUGGGAGCCUGAAACCAGGAUGACAGAACCCAGGAACUGCGUGGCACCCACCUCUUUGCAGAAAGUACUGGAUGAAUGCCAAAACCUGAGAUCCUGCCAACUCCUUGUCAAUAGUCGGGUUUUUGGGCCUGAUCUGUGUCCAGGGACUACUAAAUUCCUCCUUGUCUCCUUUAAAUGCAAACCUACUGAAUACAAAACCAAAUCAGCAUGUGAAAACCAGGAACUGAAGCUCCACUGUCAGGAAUCCAAGUUCCUUAUCAUCUACUCGGCCACCUAUGGCAGAUGGGCACACGAGGAGAGCGUCUGCUCAACAAAGGCGGAGCACACACCCCCCUUUGACUGUUUGUCUUACACAGCACUGGAAGUGUUAUCAAAGAGGUGUUAUGGGAAACAGAGAUGCAAAAUCAUUGUCACUAGCCAGGAUUUUGGAAGUCCGUGCCUACCCGGAGUGACAAAAUACCUAAAUGUCAGCUAUGCAUGUGUUCCUAAAUUUAUCCUCACAGCAGUCAACCCCCUGGUCCCUGAUAACAAGUCUUCCAUCAAACAGAAUGAUGGUGUGGACCUUGAUCCAAGGGAAUCGAGACUUCCAAAGAAAGACGGAACUAUUGUUAGCUCUAACUACUUGGCUACAUUCGCAUACCUUAGAGAUCACCCUGAAAGAGUCGCUCUCCUGUUUGUGUCCAGCGUUUGUGUGGGGUUAAUCCUCACACUGUGUGUCUUAGUGAUCUGCGUGUUGUGUCCUAGUGACAUCCAGAAACUGCACAGGAAGAAGGAUCAGCUGGUGCCAGAGAGUGCCAGAGCCUACAGGAGCAGUGAACAGGAGGAGGAGGAGGAGGGGGAGGAUUCCUCCCUUUCAAACACCCAGGAUGAGACAGACAGACUUUACAGACCUUCUUACUCAGGUUAUAACUCAGCAGAGGCAGCAGAACUGGCCGAAAGGAUUGAGCGCAGGGAGCAGAUCAUACAGGAAAUCUGGAUGAACAGUGGUUUGGAUAUGACACCCCCUAGAAAUAUGAAUACAUUUUAUAUUAAUGAACAAUAAAUGGCUUAUUUUGGAUGACACUCUACCCCUUUUUAAAAAAAAAAAAUGUACCUUCUGUGAAGGAACAUUUGUAUCAGUGAAUAUAAUUAUUUGUAAAAUAAAAAGAAAUAUAUACAAUAAAAAGAGGGCUUC